AUGGUCGCCGUCCUCGCCGUGCUCAUCGUCGCCGUCGCCGCGUCGUGCGUCAACGUCGGCAAGGCGCUGCAGAAGCAGGGCACCAAAAGCCUCCCUCGAGAGAUCUCGCUCGUGACGCUCCCGACGUACCUCGCCGACGCGACGUGGCGGCGAGGCCUCGUCCUCGAUAUCUGCGGCGGACUCCUCAUGGUCGUCGCGCUCGCGAUCGCGCCCGUGUCGCUCGUGCAGCCCGUCGCGAGCGGCGGCGUCGCCGUCCUCGCGGUGUAUUCGCACGUCCACCUCGAAGAGAAGCUCGCGACGGUGCGUUGUAUACACUGGUCCCCAUACGACCCCGUCGGCGUGGUGAACGCCGUUCCUUAA